GCUGCAUGUCGGGCGAGAGCGGGCGGCCGUCUAGCGAUGUCACGAGACUGGGCGGGGCGGGCCGUCACCCGUCGGGUGUCCUGACGUCUACCGUUUCCGUGCUGCCGCCGCGUGCCAGUGUGUGAUGAGUGCACCGUUGCUUGUGACUAGAGAUUACCGCGCGAGACAUCACCGUUGUAGCCGCUGUGCUGCCCCAAGUUGCGAGUGCUGCUGGAUAAGAUGGCUGCCGCUGGAGCCGCGGCUCUCCCUCGGUUCGGUCCACAAGGGUGAAUUCGGAGGUUUGGGCCUGUCGUUUACCUCCCGCCCUUGCCCCCGACUCUGACGAUAUGGACACAGUAUGGCCCCAGCACACCGGCACACCUCAGGGAGAAGUUUUGUUCUGUCGAUCCUCUGCCUCCAAGCUAUAUGUCUUCAGGUUACCAGUGAGUGUGACCAGACAUUCGUAAGCAGACCAGGAGGUCCGCUGAACGGCACCUUUCAAGCACCGGAGUUUGUAAACCUUCGAGGACACUCGCGCCAGUGCAUUUACACUUUCUUAGCUGGGCUUGGCCAGCGUGUCGAGAUCGUCUUCACUUCGUUCAACCUCAGAGGGACACCACCUGAGCACAGUGGAGCUGCCCCGGGAGACCUCCCUGCCUGUGUCCAUGAGUACAUGGACGUGUAUUCCGAAGUGGUCCAGCCAGACGCCGCGGAGCUGAUCAACUCUCCGUUUGGUGGUCGGUUCUGCGGUCCCAUACCACCCAGACGGCGGGUGUCCCUGUACCGCGCCCUCGCGCUCGCCUUCUACACCGACAAGAACGAAUCGACGAGUGACCUCUUCACCGGCAGAUACACAUUUAUCAAUGACUCGGAGUACGAAGUUGGAAUUCCGGUAGCAGGUGGCCCGUGCAAUUUCUUGGUGAAGGGCGGAGUGAAGCCAACGGGGGUAAUUUUAUCGCCUACUUACCCGGGCGCUUACCCCAAGGCGCUCUAUUGUAACUAUCAGUUCCUCGGGGUGCCUGAUCAACGGAUACGCUUGGAAUUCAGGGAUUUCGAUCUCUUCUUUGGCGGUCCUCAUUGUCCGUUCGAUUACGUGAAGGUGUACGACGGUCAGGACAACAGUUCGGCUGUAAUAGGCACUUACUGUGGUCAGCAGCGCAAUCUCGUCAUCUACUCGUCCGAGUCUUCUCUUCUAGUUACGUUCGUCACCCUCCCACGCACUGCCAAUACUCAGAAUAGAGGCUUUAAGGGCAUCUUUGAGUUCUCAAACUCUUUUACCAAAUUAGACUUUAUAAGGAAAAACGACGGUGAACAUAUACGAGGAUCAGAAUGCGACCAGAAAAUCUUAAGCAAGAAAGAAUCCAGCGGGUUCGUGUUCAGUCCUAACUACCCGUUUCUCUACGUGCCAAAAGUAGUCUGUCGUUACUUCAUCUACGGCAUGCAGGAUUCCCAGCAUCUGGAGCGAGUUAGACUCGAGUUCGUGCUGUUCGAAAUACCGAAAGCGCGCAACAAAGGAGAUUGUUCCGACGGUUACCUUAAAAUAUAUCUAAAGGGCCAAGAAACGACGGAUUCGUACGAUAAGUUCGACUACGAAAUGUGCGGUGACGAAAGCAAGCCCUCAGUAGUGGUAUCGGAUGGUCCUCGACUCGUUAUGGUCUUCAGCAGCGGUGAAAUCAUGGGUCGAGGUUUUAAAGCAAAUUAUACUUUUGAGACUGAAUAUCGAAUUCCUGGUACGGCUGCGCCCGACGGCAGCUGCACGUUCACAUACCGAAGCGUUAGCAAGAAAAAGGGUGAGUUUAACUCUCCCAGAUACCCCUCCAAUUACCCCAGUGACACCAACUGCACCUAUUCGUUCUUGGGGACCAACAACGAACAGGUGACUCUAGUUUUUGAUAAUUUCAAAGUCCGUGCCGACUCUGCGAAUUCAACGACUGGCUCCUAUGGAGCACACGUAUGCCAAGAAGACUGGUUAGAAGUGUACAACAUUUACCGAGACGGCACGGAAAAAAUCGUAGGACGGUAUUGCGGUAUGACAGCUCCUGGUCCAAUCGAGUCAAACCGCGGCGCCGUGGGUCUCAAGAUCAUUCUUCAUGCGGACUCUGAAGGUGUUUAUAGUGGAUUCAAGGCGCGGUAUAGUUUCGAAACAGCGAAAUCCAUUUUCGGCGAUUGCGGGGGAAACGUGAGCAAUUUAGACUCGGGGGUUAUCACGAGUCCAAAGUUUCCGGCGGACUACGAUGGGCCGACGAAAGGCUUGUCGUCGAAGAGCUGCAACUGGUACGUCAGCGUCAGGGCUGGCUAUAAAAUCAUGCUCAAUUUCGAGAGGUUUGCCGUCGAGGGAGAUCCUGUUGGUCGUGGCUGUCCGGCCGCCGUCCUUCGACUAUGGACCGACUUGUCAAGCGCGCCCGUUGAACUCUGCGGCGAAAAGGCACCGGAAGACAAAUGGCAAUACCUUUCCACGUCUAAUGCAGUUCGAUUUAGUUUUGUAACGGCGGACAAGGCUGUGGGGGCACAGGGUUUUAAGGUUGUCUGGACGGAAGUUCAGGAGGGUCCUAGCUGUGAAGAGUUUCAGUGUAAGAAGAACGAUUUCUGCAUACCGGACAAGUUGAGGUGCAACAUGGUCAACAACUGCGGAGCUGAUGAUAAUUCUGACGAAGCCGACUGCAUGGUGGAGGCGCCCCAGGAGGAUCACACGGUGCUAUACGUGUGCGCCAUCGCCGCCAUACUCUUCGUUCUGGUGCUGCUGUGCGUGCUGUGUCACCGCAAGCGACGACGGCGUCGACGGGGCGUCCACCGCCCCCUGCAGCUGCCCGUCCCGUCGGGCUCGUCCAGGCGGCCUCAGCACGUGUGCGAGGAGCUCGGCGAGCGCUACGCCAGCGUGGACAGUGUUUGAUGGUGGCUUCAACUCCCAAGGGACCUUCUGCACUCCCUCCUCGUACGGUUACUGCCGCCGCCAGCAAUACGCUCACUUUACAGGGUCACUCGGACGCGUCGUCUACGUUUUAUCUAGUUACAUUUACCGAACUAACUCAACUUGGCCUACCGUGUUACUGUUUGUUACGUACAUAAAUGUUGUUCGGAUGGGGCCACAAAGGCCCGAAUCAUGUUUUGUAUAUGCUAAAUGGCCACCCUUCGACUGCAUGCUCGCCACGGAGAUUUCGGUUUCGAGCGAGCAUGAAUCAGUACAUAUCUUUUUAAUAAUAUGGGUUUGUUUAU